AAAAAUAAUAAAAAGAUUAGAAAAAUAGCAGAGGGAAGAGCGCCCUCUCUCACCAGCUGUUUGCCUUUAUUGCCUUUGUUCUUAACGAGGAACUUCGAUUCGCUCCAAAUUCCACCGCCGACCCGGCCCGGCCCGACCCGAGCCCGACCCACUUCCCAGUGACCCCUGCUUAUAUGUUUUUGAAGAAGUUUGAAGCUUUGUGGAAGAACCCUUUUUGGUUUUUCUUUCUUUCUUGGGGUUUACUAUGGCUGAAGAGAUCUGUCUCUUCACAAAGGAUACCCUAAUUAUAAAGCCUCCGAAGAGACCUCCGGCUUCAUUACGGAUGUUAGUAUUGAUAUUCGCUAUGGUCUGUGGCGUAUAUAUUUUCUCCGUAUGUUUAAAGCAAACAAACAUUCACACAAAUACGAAGUUCCUUAAAGUCGAAGUCGGUAAUCAGAGGCGUUGUCUCGAUAAUUCUAUCGAUAGAUCUCAAAUCCCGUACUUGCACUACCCAAAUCCUGUCUCGUUUAACAGAAAUGAAUGUGCGUGUAAUCCCGUUCGGCUUUUCGCUAUUCUGUCGAUGCAAAGAUCGGGAAGCGGUUGGUUUGAGACUCUAUUGAAUAGUCACACUAACGUGAGCUCUAAUGGCGAGAUAUUUUCGGUUAAAGAGAGACGGAGUAACGUUUCUUCGAUCUUUUCGACUCUCGAUACAGUUUACAAUUUGGAUUUGUUUACUAGUGCUUCCAAGAAUCAUUGCUCCGCUGCAGUUGGCUUCAAAUGGAUGCUUAAUCAGGGGUUAAUUGAGCACCACAAAGAAAUUGCGGAAUAUUUCAACGAGAGGGGCGUUUCGGUAAUUUUCCUAUUCCGGAGGAAUCUUUUGCGUCGGAUGGUUUCGGUUCUUGCUAAUUCUUACGACCGUUAUGCUAAACUCCUCAACGGGACCCACAAAUCCCACGUGCACUCACACGAAGAGGCUGAUACACUUUCUAAGUAUAAACCGGUAAUCAAUUCGACAUCACUAGUGAUGGAUCUAAAGCUUAUGGAGAAGAUGGUUUUGGACGCGUUGGAUUAUUUCAGUAGCACAAGACACAUUGUUCUUUAUUACGAAGAUCUUAUUAAAAAUCCAACUAAACUAAGGGAAGUGCAAGAAUUUAUGGGAGUGCCGAAAAUGGAGUUAACGAGUCGACAAGUGAAAAUACAUAAAGGUUCGUUAUCGGAGCAUAUAAAAAACUGGGACGAUGUUAACAGAAUUCUCAGAGGAACGUCUUACGAGGUUUUUCUACAUACUGACUACACUAGUUAGAUAUCUAUCUAGUUGAUCAAUGCAAUAUGUUGAUCUUCAUCUUGGUUUUUUUUCCCCCUUAAUUUAAUGUUCAUCUUUUGUUAUUUUACUUAGGUUUUUUUUUUUUUUUUUUUUUUUUAAAUGUAUAGGUCUGUAAUUUAUGUAAGGACAAUGCCAAUGUAAUGUGACAUUUGAAAGGAAUUUUGGUAUUUUGCCUUUUCAAAA